UUUCGCUAAGCCACACGAGGAAACAACGUUGUCCAUGGCGAGACAGGGUGAUUCCUGUGUGAGUGCGGAAGAAGAAGGCGUUCUGAGGCAAACAGAACAUAUAGAGAGUUAAAGAGUCAAAGGCAGAGUUUAGGUAUAUGAAAUUUGUCGAACCAACAGCAAAAGCAUGUGCAGAUAACGUGGUUUGCCACGUGUACAUUCGCGUUGUAACCUUUAGCUAGCUAGCUUAGCUACCGCUCAGACGUGCCUUAGCUACUCUCCCUCAUGCACAGUUGGCUUGAAGUGGGUGGCUGUAGCUGUGUAUUUUUUUUACUUCAGUGCCUCAUUUUAUGUGAACAAGAGAAAUGAAGAGAAAUUGGAGAGGGAGGGGCAAACGCUUCUUUCAUCAUCAUCGGGCUGACUGGAGAAGGAGAGAUCAUUCCGCUGGCAGAAGUCCCGAGUAUGGAUGGGACCAUGCAACAGCAGGGCCCUCUUCCAGAGCAGCAGAAAGCAACUCCGACCAAGACACAGCUUCCUCAUCAAGAGCCACUACAGCUGCUCCAGAAUUGCCAGGCUUCUACUUCGAUCCAGAGAAGAACCGCUACUUCCGGCUUUUGCCUGGACACAACAACUGCAAUCCGUUAACAAGGGAAAUGCUGGAGACGAAGGAGCAAGAAAAAAAGAGGGCAAAGCUGCUUGUGGAGGAUGAGCACCCGAACAAGAAAGCUCCACGGACUGGACUUAACACUGCACUGCUAUUGCAGAGGAGACAUCUGGGUAUGCUGCCCUCAAGCUCCUAUUGUAGGCUGGUCCAUGAGGUGAAGGUCAGUGAGAUGAAACGCCACAAACUGGAGGUGCAGAGCUCCGACUCCAACAGCCCGAACACAGACAAUUUCCGCCUCAUUGUGGCUGAUUCAGCUUGUGAGCAGGUGUUCACAGUGAAUGAUGUGUCACAUGGAGGCUGCAAGUACGGUAUCAUGAACUUCCGUGGCUGCAGGAAGGGCUCUCUGUCAGUAGAGAUGUGUGAUAAUUUGUACUUCACUAACCGCAAGAUGACCUCUGUGUGCUGGGCAUCUGUGACUCAUUCAGACUCCCAUGUUCUCUUGUGUUUGGUGGGUAUAUCUCAGACCCCAGGCUGUGUCAGUUUACUGCCUGCUUCUCUGUUCAGUAACUCCAAUCCUGACCAGCCUGGUAUGCUUUGCAGUUUUAAGAUCUCCACAGCUUGGUCUUGUGCCUGGUGCCUAAAUCCACAGGCUGAUAAAACUUUCAGCACAGGUCUUUCACGGCACGUCAUUGUGACUGAUGCAGUGACUGGACGAAGACAGACGUACAGCACUGGCAGUGAUGUUUUGACCCAACAGUUUGCCCUGAGAGCUCCAGUGCUGUUUAAUGGCUGCCGUUCAGGGGAAAUCUUCAGCAUUGACCUGAGGCAGAGAGGCCGGGGACGGGACCACAGCUGGAAAACCUGCCGUUUCUAUCAGGACUCCGCUGUCACCUCCGUCCGACUCCUCCAGGAUGAAAACUACCUCCUUGCUGCUGACAUGCUGGGAAAGAUUAAGCUGUGGGACGUUCGUGUUAAGCGAUCAGUAAAGCAGUAUGAAGGUCAUCACAAUGAGUAUGCUUAUUUGCCCCUUCACCUGAGUGAGCAAGAAGGACUGCUGCUAGCAGUGGGCCAGGAUUGCUAUACCCGUCUAUGGAGCCUUAGAGAUGGACAUCUCAUCAGGACCAUUCCCUCUCCACACCCUGCAGGGAAAGACUCCAUCCCUAAUGUGGUGUUCUCCUCUCAGCUGGGAGGCCGCAGAGGACUGCCUGGCCUUCUAAUGGCUGUCCAACGUGAUCUUUAUUACUACCCAUAUAACAAUGACUACCAAGAUUGGACAGGACCAAAAGGACAAGGUUAGCUGGUAACCACACACUCUGUAGUGCUUCAAUGACUUACAGCAAAAGGUAGAUUGUAGACUGUUGUAUUAAACAACAAAAAGAUUAUGUUUAUGAUUAUGUAAUCCAGUUUAAUCUUUCUCUGCUGUGUAUGUAAAUUCCUUCAGAGCAUACAUGAACCUGGUAAAUUAACAUGUACAAUUAUAUAGAGACCAGUUACGAAUCCUAACAGCUGUGUUCUUUUCUGUUUAGAUUGAAUCGUACUUGUUUGGGGCAUAUGGUCUUUAAAGGAAGAACAAAAUGGAUCGCUAGAAUUUUUUUCAUAUUAAUAAUGCACACAUGGAAGCUAUUUGAAUUUUGACCUCCAUAAGUGCAAUUUUAGACUGCAGGAUGAAGUCUAUGCUUUAGAGAAAAACUUAUCUGAGAGAGACCCAGAGAGUUCAUAAGAAAUGAGAAAUACAGUGGGAAAGUUUAAAAGGUUAAAAAAAAAAAAAAGCCAUCCUUUCUGUAUGGCUUUUGAAAUGGAGCUACAGCACCACCUGCUGGAUGUACAGAUGUGGUCAGAUGCACCAUAAUAAUACCAUAUGCCAAUAUUUUUCCAAAUCCUUGGGGUAUUUCAUAAAGCAGCAGUUCUCAUCCAGCCAGAUGUUAACCCAAAAUUGAGGACUGUCUAAUAGGAAUGUCCCUCAGCUUUUAUCCUGUUUGAAAGGCUUGAUUUUGGGCUUAAGUUGUCUGGCUAAACUUAUAAAUUCUGCUUCGUGAAAUACUCACUGGACUAACUGUACACAUCAUGUAUUAGUGUACAUAUUAAUUUUAAGUACAUAUUAAUUUUAAAGUGUUUUUUUUUUUUUUUACUUAAAAUUUAAGUGCUUUCUAAUUUGAAACACAUUUUAAAGAAUCAUGAAGGACUGAAGCAGGUGUAUUGUGGUGUAAAAUGACUAAAAUGUACAACACAAGAAUUCAACUUGAAAGACUCACCACUGCAUUACAUUAGAGAGGUACUCAAGUUUAAUUUAAUCAGCAUAGGUGCAUAAAACAUGACAGUUACUGAUAUUUGUGUUACUUAAGUCUGUUUGUCACGUUCAGUCAUCCUAAUAAUACACUUCAAAUAAAACAAACUCUAUUAGA